AUGGAGGCGGAUGGGGUGCGGCUGGGCGGGAGAUUAAAGCCCGAGGAGCUGCAGGGGUUUAAGUAUGAGCUGGAUGUGGACGGCGGGACAGGGAGCGGCCGGACGUGUGGGAUUCUGGCGAGCAAUCAGGUUCUGAUCCGCCAGGCCAGCGAGUACUAUCAGUUCUUCGACCCGCUGCUGUGCCCUAUGAAGCACUUCCUCCCCACCCACCGCUACUUCAACAACCUUUACUCGCAAAUCCAGUGGGCCCGCGCCAACGACCAACGGGCACGGGAGAUUGUUGCGGCUGCCAAUGACUUUGCCAGUCUCCUUGCCCCUCCCUUCCCCUCCCCCACACACCCUCUCCUUCCUGUAACUAACUUUGCCCGGUUCAUCGCAGUUUCUCCCCGCACCAUUCCCCCUCAAUUUCUCUCAUUUCUUCCCACACUUGUUUCGUCUCUCAUCCCUCCUCUCUCAUUCCUCCUCUCUCAUCCCUCCUCUCUCGUCCCUGCUCUCUCAUCCCGCUCCUAUCCUGCAGCACCCUGUGCACGUGGGAGGGGUGCCAGCUAUUCUGGGCUAUUUUGCUCGUCAAGUACCCCAAAGUGCCUUAAAGCACAGCGCCAGCAUCACAGCUCCGCCUCCCCUGAUGCCCCUGGGUCGUUCCCCCCCUCUCUAACCAUUUUCUCAUGUCUUUCCCCCCCUGUUUCCUCUCUUAUCCUUCUCCUCCCUGCAGCACCCUGUGCAUCACAGCUCCUCCGAUCCCCCUUGAGGGUACUUCUCCCACUCUCACACAACUUUCUUCUCUAUUCCUCACUUCGUCUCGGGCUUCUCUUAUCCUCUCCCCUCAUGCAGCACUCUCUGCACAUGGGAGGGACGGCGUCUCUUCUGGGCUAUCCUGCUCGCUAA